AUAUACACUGCAUCUGGAAAGUAGUCACAGCACUUCACUGUUCCCACAUAUUAUGUUACAGCCUUAUUCCAAAAUGGAAUAAAUGCAUUUUUGUCCUAAAAUUCAACAGACGAUAAUGAAAAUAUGUAAAGGUUUUUUAUUUAAUUUUGCAAAUCUAUUAAAAAAAAUUAAAAACACAUGUACAUAAGUAUUCACAGCCUUUGUUCAACACUUUGUUGAUGAACCUUCGGCAGCAAAUACAACCUCAAGUCUGUUUAAAUAAGAUGCCACAAGCUUGGCACACCUAUCUUUGGACAAUUUCGACCAUUCCUCUUUGCAACACCUCUCAAGCUCCUUCAGAUUGAAUGGGAAGCAUUGGUUUUCCUUCAGGAUGUUUCUGUACACUGCUGCAUUCUUUCCCUCUAUCCAGACAAGUCUCCCAGUUCCUGCCGCUGGGGAAAAAAACCCACAGCUAGGGUUGGGUAUCGUUUGUAUUUGAACGAUUCCGAUUCCGAUUCCAAUUCUUUGUUUCGAUUCCGAUUCCUGGCGAUUUCUCGAUUCCGAUUCUUUUAAGAGGCAGGGUCAAAAAAAAGUUUAGGAUAUUUUAAAUGAGCUAGCUAACCUACAGUCUUUCUGAAUGAAAUAGUCUGACAUUCUCCAUCAAUUUUAAUUCUAUUAACUUUUGAUUAACUUUACUAUAAAUUCCUCACAGGGCUGUUUUCAACUAGAAUAUAAAUAUCAAAUCUAUGAACUUGAAUAUAAUUAUAAAUUAUGAAUACAUUUUCCCAGGGGUACACUUUCCUCAAGAGAGCUUUAUUUUUGAAAACCUCAUGAAAACACAUUUACACAUAAGUGUAUGAUGCUGCAGGAAACCUCAUGAAAACACAUUUACACACACAAGUGUAUGAUGCUGCAGGUACUUAAAAAUGUUACCGUGCUCCCACUGAUGGGCUAACCUGGUGCAGAAAAGCAAAUAAACAAUAAGAAACAACUUGCAAAACCCAGUCCAGAUUAGCAGCAGGUACAGUAUAAAAUCAGAGACGGUUCUUGUUUAGGAAAAUGACCAUAUCCGCCUUCUCAGGCAGGAUGCGUGAGCGUUCUGGACAGAUAGUGUCUCCUGCUGCGGAAAAUACACGUUCGCUGGGUGUGGAAGAAACUUGAACGCAUAAAUAUGAGAAAGCGAGAUCUGACAGCAAAGGAUAAGUCUUUUGUUGGUUCCACCGAACCACCACCAUGUAGCAAGGUCGUCAGACAUAAGUAUCGGUGGAACGUAUUGGUACAUCUGCAGCUCUCUCUCCACUCGUUUCUUGAUGGACAUGGAGCUCUGUUAUUUCGCGGUUAUUUCAUUUUUUUUUAUAAAGUAAAGCCACACUUUCGACCGCCGACGCCCGCUAUCCAUGCUUGAGCUUGACUGACUCGCUCGGCUAUGCUAACACUUCCGGCGGUGGGCGCUUCUUCGUUGGUGUUCAGCGGCUUCUUCUUCCGGUUCUGCGGAUAUAUUUUUUUCCGGUCGGCUGACUGGGUAUCGAAAAUAGGAAUCGAAAUUCAAACGUUUGAACGAUUCCGGGAGAAUCGGAAAGUUAGUCCCGGUUCCAAUCAAUACUCGAUACCCAACCCUACCCACAGCAAGAUGCCGCCACCACCAUGCUUCACUGUAGGGAUGGUAUUGGCCUGUUGAUGAGCGGUGCCUGGUUUCCUCCAAACAUAACACCUGGCAUUCACGCCAAAGAGUUAAAUCUUUGUGUCAUCAGAUCGGGGAAUUUUCUUGGUCUGAGAGUCUUUCCGGUGCAUUUUUGCAACAUUUUUACUAAAAAAUGGCUUCAGUACAGGCCUGAUUGGUGGAUCUCUGCAGAGAUGGUUGUCCUUCUGGAAGGUUCUUCUUUCUCACUACAGAGGAAUACUGCAGCUCUGAAAGAGUGACCAUCAGGUUCUUGGUCACCUCCCUGACUAGACUAAGAUGAAUGCAGCAAUGUAUAGAGACAUCCUGGAUAGAGACAUCCUGGAUGAAAACCAACAUUUCCCAUCCAACCUGUUGGAGCUUGAGAGGUGCUGCAAAGAGAAAGGCAAAACUGCCUCAAGAUAGGUGUGCCAAGCUUGUAGUAUUGUAUUCAAAAAUACUUGAGGCUGUAAUUGCUGCCAAAGGAGCAUCACCAAAGUAUUGAGUAAAGGCUGUGAAUACUGUGAUGUGAUUUUUUUUGUAGUUGUAAUAAAUUUGCAAAUUUAAAAAAAUAAAAAUAAAAAAAAUUCUCAUUGUUGUUAUGUGUGUAGAAUUUUGAGGACAAAAAUGAAUGUAUUCUAUUUUUUGGAAUAAGUCUAGAACAUAAAAUGUGGAAAAAGUGAAGCACUGUGAAAACUUUCCGGGUGCACUGUAUUUAAAGACCAAUAUUUGUGUUUAUAUUCAUUAUUAGUAUCGACAUGUCAGCUUUUUCUAAUCACAUGAUGCCUUUAGCUCCAUUUUUAAUGCUUUUUUCCGUGACAAUAAAAUCACGCCACGUUCCAUGUUGGCAUUCGAUUGAUUACUCAGUGGCCUAGUGGUUAGAGUGUCCGCCCUGAGAUCGGUAGGUUGUGAGUUCAAACCCCGGCCGGGUCAUACCAAAGACUAUAAAAAAUGGGACCCAUUACCUCCCUGCUUGGCACUCAGCAUCAAGGGUUGGAAUUGGGGGUUAAAUCACCAAAAAUGAUUCCCGGGCGCGGCUACGCUGCUGCCCACUGCUCCCCUCACCUCCCAGGGGGUGAUCAAGGGGAUGGGUCAAAUGCAGAGGACAAAUUUCACCACACCUAGUGUGUGUGUGACAAUCAUUGGUACUUUAACUUUAACUUUGAUGAUCAAAAUGUGGAUAAUUGUGCAGCCCUACUGCAGUAUGCUUAUGUGUUUAUGAUUUACAUUAUAAUCCAUAUCAUUAUAAAGAAUAGUGCAGUUGAUGACCAGUUGAUAUCAUAAACAUGCCAUCGAAACUAAAAUGUUUUACAUUUAUUACUAUUGUCUGGUUUUCUAGGUUUCUCUCUCUAUGUGAUCCAGAGUGGAAGAAUUAAGCUUUAAUAGAUUCGCUAUUCUUUCUAAAUUAUGAUUUUUUUUCUUCCUUCUUGCAGGAUGUGUAUUUAUUUAAAAAGUGCUCUUUUACUUUGCAAUAAUUCAGAAAUAAAGUGUGCAGAAUUGGUGCUAUGACUGAGUUGGCUGCUGAUGUGCACGAUUGGAAAUAUAUCUAUCAAUGAAAUAAGUAUAUUAUAAUGUAAUAUACUUGGUUAGUGAUGCAAUCAAACAUGAAUCUGUCUGCCUUAUUGGGGUUUUCAAUGUAGGUUAAGAGUAUAUGGAUGGAGAAAAUGUGUGUAGCUUUUCACGUCCCUUCAGGGCAUGUGUGUUGUCGUGACCAUGUGACUAAAAGUUGGGGGUUGUGUGUCUGUGUAUAAAUAUUGAAAUCCUGAGUGCUGCUCUGUUAAAGUCCAGUAGAGCUGCAUGAGGAACUUACAUGCUGGUCAAUCAAGGCUCAUGAGAUUUGUCUCCUCGGUUUGGCUGCUCUGACAAGAUGGAGCACCUGAACAACUCCACCCAGCUGAGCGCGCAGGUGUCGCAGAGCGGCGGCGGGAAGGCGUACCUGUACGUUCUAAUCGUCAUGUCCUUCUACGGAGUGUUCCUGUGCGGCAUCAUGCUGGGCUACUUCCACUCCAAGCGGAAGGAGCGGCGGAGGACCAACAUCUUUACGCGCCUCGUGCACGAGGAGCAGCAGCGCGAGUGGGGCGAGCUCCCCAGGAAGCACAGUCUGGGCGGGCCCGCGGACGAUGACGUCACGGCGACGGGGACGAGACCGCCGCGUUUGGCCCCGCCCUCCCGCGUGAACCACGUCGGCCACCUGCGUCACGAGGGCGCGCUGCCCUCUCCGCUGGCGUGCGCGUGCACGGAGCAGAGCAGCGUCAGCUCGCUGUGCUCGUCCGCGGACACGCGCCUGGCCAUCGAGGAGGAGGAGUCGGACAGCGGCACCGGGGAGGGACCGGAGGAGGUGGCUCAGAAGGUGCCGUCGGAGAUCAGCGGGGAGGACUCGGGAUGAAAAACGGCAGGACGUCGUCAGAUAUUUUGUCAAGUAUAUACAUUAGGGCGUGUGGUUACCAUAAACACUGCUACAUGACUACAAUAGGCCGCUAUUGAUAUCACGUACACAAGCCAAAGGAUGCGGCGGCCAUUUUGUAAAAAAAAACAACAAAAAGAAAGCUACGGUCACCCUCUUUGAGUGGUGAAAAAGUGUAAUAUUAUUGGUAUCAACAUUACCGCUUUUUCACACGUAUUCUCUAUUGUAAAGUGUUACUAGUUCCACAUUUCUCAACCAAUUUAAAGUCCAAUUGCUCCAUGAUAAUAUUAGUCAAUUCCUAGCUUGCUAACAUUAGCGUGCAAGUUUUUCCGGCCUUUUGUUUUGCACCUUAGAGUCAAAUAUUUAGUUAGUUGUCUGUUUGCAACUUGCUCAAAGUCACAUUUUUCAUAGCAAAAAAUGUAACAAGAACAGCACCGGCUAGCUAAUGUUACAAUUAGUGGUUAAACACAAUUGUCUAUAUCAGGGGUCGGCAACCCGCGGCUCUAGAGCCGCAUGCGGCUCUUUAGCGCUGCCCUAGUGGCUCUUUGGAGCUUUUUCAAAAAUGUAUGAAAAAUGGAAAAAGAUGAGCGGAAAAAAAUACAUUUUUUGUUUUAAUAUGGUUUCUGUAGGAGGACAAACAUGACACAAACCUCCCUAAUUGUUAUAAAGCACACUGUUUAUAUUAAACAUGCUUCACUGA